GACAGGAACUCAAUCAGUGUCUCGCCUGGCCGAAUUAAUCAGCCCUGUAACAGCGCACACAACUGUUUUCAGAUUCGGGUCUCAUCUGGGUCACCGUGUGCUCGUCAGAGUUCAGAGGUCGUUCUGCUGAGUUCACCUUGGACAGCAGAGAGGAAAUGAGGUGUCUUAUGGGUGGCCAGAAGAGCACAGGCACACUUCUGAAACAUUAAUGAUACAUACUGAUGAUUCCGUGAGAUUCUACACAGUAGACACCGAGUGGAUUUUUAUCUCUUUACUUUAAACUAUCUCUUAUUUAAUAUAAAACUACUUAAAUAGCUGAUACGAAUCAUAGCCUUCUCAGUGGUGAUUAUAAUCAUUCUGACAGAAAUCCCUUUACCUACAUAUCAUAGUUUAUCAUGUAUGUGCUUAUAAAUGCAUUAGUAUUUAUUAUUGUUUACUAUACUAUAGAUUAUUUGUCAUGUUCAAGAUCUUUCUUUACCUCAAAGUCUUUUGUUUUCUGAACUAAACUAUAUUCAUGGCCCAGGCUUAAAACUAAUCCCCUUUUGAAAUAGUUAGUAAGCCUAUAUCUGCAGUGACUCAUGCCUAUGGAAAUCCUCAUUCAUUCGCACGUCAUUCAUUCUCUGUGUGUAUGUGUUUGAGUGUGUGUGUGUGUGUGUGUGUGUGUGUGUGUGUGUGUGUGUGUGUGUGUGUGUGUGUGUGUGUGUGUGUGUGUGUGUGUGUGUGUGUGUGUGUGUGUACGGGCAACAUCCCACAGGGGGUCAGGGGUGUUUGAAGAUGAUAAUUGGAAUCGAGCCGAAGUUAUGUGUCCCAACGGAACCCCUCAGACCGGACCCAGGUGUGUGUGUGUGUGUGUGUGCGUAUAUGUGUGUGUGUGUAUGUGUGUUUGUGUGUGUGUGUGUGUGUGUGUGUGUGUGUGUGUGUGUGUGUGUGUGUGUGUUUGGGUAUAAAUAGAGAGCAGGAGUAUGAAGAUGGUUUCAAGCAUUGAUACUCCAAGACGAGAGCUUCUCAGACUUGCACAUCUCAGAAGAUUUAAAUCAGAAUAAACACAUCAUACAAGAGUGAUGGUCAGAGUGUGCAGGCUGUUGCUGUUUGCUGCCUUGCUGCUGUGUCUGCAUGCACAGUUAUCUGUCUCUCAGCACUGGUCUCAUGGCUGGUACCCUGGAGGAAAGAGAGAAAUCGACCCUUACAGCUCGCCAGAGAUAUCUGGGGAGAUUAAACUGUGUGAAGCAGGAGAAUGCAGCUAUCUGAAGCCACUGAGAACCAAUGUCCUGAAGAGCAUCCUGCUUGAUGCCCUUGCAAGGGAAUUCCAAAAGAAGAAGUGACCUCACCAAAUCAUACCACAGCAUCAUAGCUUCUUUCUUGGCUCAUCCCACUGAUCUGGACAAAUACCUUUCUAAUCUGUGGAUGUGAGCAUGUGUGUUUACGUUUAUGUGGUUUUAGCAUCAAGCUUUCUGUCAUUUGUGUAUGACACAGCUAUAUGAGAUGCAUCAUGUGAUCAUUCAAUAAAAUGUUUAUUUUGGUA